CGUGCUGGGAAUGAAGACACUGCCUGCCAUGCUUGGGACUCCUCGGUUAUUCAGGGAAUUCUUCAUCCUCCAUCUGGGCCUUUGGAGCAUCCUUUGUGAGGAACCUACUAAGAGGAAUGAUAAAGAGUGUCAAGUGCAACUUCAUAUUACAAGGAAUUCUGAAUACGAUGCCUGGACAGGAGAGUUAUUUAAAAUUGAAUGUCCUGUGACAUACUGUGUUCAUAGACCUAAUGUGACUUGGUGUAAGCACAAUGGAACAAUCUGUGUACCCCUUGAGGUUGGAUCUCAGCUACGUACUAGUUGGCAAGAAAAUCAACGGGAUCUAGUUUUCGUUCUCCAUUUUGAACCAAUACAUCUCAGUGAUGACGGGUUGUAUAGCUGUUCUACAAACUUAAAUUCUGUAGUUGUUAAUAGCCACUCAGUAACCAUCCGUGUGAAAGAAAGGACUCAAAACUAUUCAGAACACCCACUAAUAACAGUAUCUGACAUCCCAGAUGCCACCAAUGCCUCAGGACCAUCAGCCACGGAAGAGAGGCCAGGCAGGACCUGGCUGUUUUAUGCCUUGCUUCCUUUGGGGGCAUUGCUUCUGCUCCUUGCCUGUGUCUGCCUGCUCUGCUUUCUGAAAAGGAUCCAAGGGAAAGAAAAGAAGCCUUCUGACUUAGCAGGAAGGGACACUAACUUGGUUGAUAUUCCAGUCAGUUCCAGGACAAAUCACCAAGCACUGCCAUCAGGAACUGGAAUUUAUGAUAAUGAUCCCUGGUCUAGCAUGCAGGAUGACUCUGAAUUGACAAUUAGCUUGCAAUCGGAGAGAAACAAACAGGGCAUUGUUUAUGCUUCUUUGAACCAUUGUGUUAUUGGAAGGAACCCAAGACAGGAAAGCAGCAUGCAGGAGGCACCCACAGAAUAUGCAUCCAUUUGUGUGAGAAGUUAAACCUGCCACUGAGCCAGGCAGUGGGCACUGCAUGAGUGCAUGUCAAUAUCUCGGUCUGGACCUUCAGUUUCAAAUAACCUUCAACCUGGAAAGUUUCGAUUAAGAUGUUCUGUGCUGGUGCUAUCUUAAAAUUCUAUGAAGUAUUUAGUUAAAAUUUCUCCUCAAAACUUUGGGAGAUUUUUGUACAAGAUAGACUCUUCCCUGGGAAAACUCAUAUUAUGAAUAGCAGAAUAAUAGGGCAUUUAAAAUUGACCAUUCUGCACCAUGUUGUACCCAAUGUGUGAAUUCAAUAUUUUCUUUGGAACUAUCAGAGAGACUUACAGGGAAGAAAGAAGCAUGUUAUUUGGAUCUGCUCACUACACAUUCUAAAAACAGAAUGGCCCAGUUUGACUAACUAAUCAUAAAUACAGUAAUGAUUGUAUGUUCUCAGUCAGUUAUGAUAAGACAAUAUCCCAUGUCAAUCUAUAGAUAAUGCUUUAUUUUUUUUAAUGUGAAAGAAAAUCAUCUUGGAAUCAAUUCAGAAAAAUAUUAGAAAGGGUAAUUGGUAUAAUACAGAUACAGCAUAUGCCAAAUAGAUGUGGUGCCAAUGAUCCUUAUCCCCACCAAUGAGAUGCUCAUCUUUAGCUGGCUUGAUUGAGAAAGUAAGGUAGUAAAGGAUUCAUCCACAUAGAGUGAAUGGAUUUGUAAUCAAAGUAGUAGUGUUUGGAUCAAAAAGAUUAAUGCACAUGAAUGUGAUUCAAUGCUGCUGAAUUAAUAUAUGUAUGGUACGUAUCGGCCUAUGAACAAGAGUCCAUGGGAAUACAUAUUAUCAAUCUAGAUUGAACUUUUAACCCACUUUUUGCUUUACUUGAGAGCAAGUGAAAAGGGCAAUUUAUGAAAGGAGAAUCUUGAAUAUUGAGUUGAUCAGUAGGAACUGGCAUACAUUCAUUAAUGUAUGUUUUUUGAUUCUUAUGAAAUGAAUCAGGAAGAAUCCCAUGUAAUGAAGUAUGGCAUAUGGAGAUCACUCAGGUUUAAAUUCUGACAUUGCAGCAGCUCAAGAAGAUGAUUAUCAGGUGUUCUGAAUUUCUGGAUUGAGUAAUUACGUAAAAAGAGCUCAUAAUUUUAUUCAUCAGCUUGGGGCUUGAGUUCUCAGACCCUGAAACUGAAUAAUGUCAUAGUCUUAGAAUACAGCAGAUUGGGCCUGAGUUAGAAGCCACUGGAGCAAACACAUGAACUGUCUAUGUAAUUGCAUGCAUAUAUGUGGGUGUGCUUGUGCAAGGGUGUGCUAGCAUGCAAAUGCAAGAUGUGACGUCCGGAAAUGAGACAAGAGAAACCAGUCCUAUUGCCGCUCUAUUUUUAGUUUGCUUAGAAGGUGCAAAGUACUAGAGAAAAUUAGUCAUUUUUAAAGAAUGACACAUAAACUGGUGAGAAUGGAAGGGAGUUGAGAAUGUAUCACUAAACAGUGAAUGAAGAGGUUUUACUACACAGCUUUUCUCACCUUCUGCUCACCUCAGGUUCUAGUUCCCUAAAUCUAGAACAACAGACAAUGUUUUCAGACAUGCUACAACCACUUCUAGUCAAACUUGUUCAGGCAGGUGCAUUUGUAGGAAUUUAUGCAAAAAAGACCUUAGAAUAGCUGCUCAUCUUCAAAAUAGAAACAGGAAGUAUGGGAGGGGGUUGAGUACUGCACUCUGUCCCUCUUAUCAGAUCAACGGGCAACUUAAGCAAAUCUUUCAGAAUUGUCUCUGGCUUUAAAAACAAAAUACUUCUGUCUUCUCUGUUUAAAACAAUCUUUUUAAAAACAUUGUAUGUACAUGUAUAUUUGGUAUGCAUGUAUGUGUAUGUAUGGUGUAUGUGUGUGUUAUAUGCAUAUGUGUGUGCAGGAGCCAGAAGAGAAAAUCAGGUACCCUUUUCUAUUGCUCUCCACUUUGUUCUGUUAAGGGAAGGUCUCUCAUUGAACCUGGAGCUCUGCUAGCAAGCAGCAAGCCCGCGAUGGAUCCUCCCAUCCCUGACCCCCACAUUGCUAGGGGUAUAUUUGCUCAUGCCCAGCUUUUACAAGGGUGUGGAGAACCCAAGCUCAGGUCCUCAUGCUUGCAUAACAAGCACUCUCACUUACUAAGCAUGUUCUUAAUAUGUUUUAUGAUGAAAGAUGCUGCUCAGGAUUUCACCUCAAUGAACGAUCAAUUCUGUUUGUACCUUGUUUGCCAACCACAUAUCAUUUAUGCUCUUAUUCCUACUUAGUAAAUAUGUGUGUUGUAUCUCCUCGAAUAAAUUUGUUCCAGCAUUAUUUUCAUGGUUACUUAACUC